AUGCCGGCCCUAGCAUAUGUCGUAGACGCCGCCGUCGCCUGGGAUAGCUCUCUUCCCACGCCGGACCUUUUCCCGUCUGGCGUACCUCCACCGACAAACACCACCAUUACUAUCCCUUCCGUCUCUGCGUCAGUCGACCUCUCUCAUUGGUCCCCAUCCCUCUCGGCCGCUCUCUACAAGAUUGACGGAUGGGGCGCGCCGUACUUCUCCGUCAAUUCCUCCGGCAACAUCUCCAUUCGCCCGUACGGUGCAGACACCUUAUCUCACCAGGAGAUUGAUCUUUUGAAGAUCGUGAAGAAAGCUUCGGAGCCUAAAUCGAUGGGAGGGCUUGGUCUACCCCUUCCUCUCAUUGUUCGCCUUCCUGAUGUGCUCAAGAACCGACUUGAAUCGCUUCAGUCUGCUUUCGAUUUUGCAAUACAGUCCCAAGGUUAUGAAGCACAUUACCAAGGUGUUUACCCUGUGAAAUGCAAUCAGGACCGGUUUGUGGUUGAAGAUAUAGUCAAAUUUGGGUCUCCUUUCCGGUUUGGUUUGGAGGCCGGGUCUAAGCCGGAGCUUCUCCUUGCCAUGAGCUCUCUCUGCAAGGGAAACGCUGAAGCUCUUCUGAUAUGCAACGGUUUUAAGGAUGCAGAGUACAUUUCGCUUGCUUUAGUCGCAAGGAAACUCCAUUUGAACACUGUGAUUGUACUCGAGCAAGAAGAGGAGGUAGAUCUAGUGAUUGAUUUGAGCCAAAAGCUCGGCGUCCGGCCGGUUAUCGGUCUCCGGGCAAAGCUGAGGACCAAACAUUCAGGCCAUUUUGGAUCAACCUCUGGGGAAAAAGGUAAAUUUGGAUUGACAACAACGCAAAUUUUGCGUGUAGUUAAGAAGCUCGAAAAAUCAGGAAUGCUGGAUUGUUUACAGUUACUACAUUUCCAUAUUGGAUCUCAGAUCCCUACAACGGCCUUACUAGCCGACGGCGUGGGCGAGGCCGCUCAGAUCUACUGUGAAUUGGUCCGCCUCGGUGCCUGCAUGCGAGUCAUAGAUAUUGGCGGUGGUCUUGGUAUUGACUACGACGGUUCUAAGGCGCCUGAUUCUGAUGUGUCAGUUGGGUAUGGUCUUGAUGAAUACGCUGCGGCGGUUGUUCACGCCGUAAGGUUUGUUUGUGACCGUAAGGGUGUAAACCACCCGGUGAUUUGCAGCGAAAGUGGCCGAGCAAUUGUCUCACAUCACUCAAUUCUGAUCUUUGAGGCCAUGUCUGCUACUAAGAGUGGUUCUCUGCCAAUGACAUCGCUUGGUCUUCAGUAUUUUGGUGAACGGUUCACGGAGGACGCUCCUGCGGACUACCUGAAUUUAUCGGCCGCGGCAAUUCGCGGUGAGUAUGAGACUUGUUUGUUAUACGCUGAUCAGCUAAAGCAGAGAUAUGUAGAACAGUUUAAGGAAGGGUCUUUGGAUAUCGAACAGUUGGCCGCUGUUGAUGGCCUUUGUGACCUGGUGUCGAAGGCGAUUGGGGCAUCUGAUCCAGUUCGCACUUAUAAUGUCAAUUUAUCGAUUUUCACAUCAAUUCCUGAUUUCUGGGGCAUUGGGCAAUUGUUUCCUAUUGUUCCCAUCCAUAGGCUCGAUGAAAGGCCUGGAGUGAAGGGGAUAUUGUCGGACUUGACAUGUGAUAGUGAUGGCAAAGUUGACAAGUUCAUAGGGGGCGAGUCAAGCUUGCCGCUUCAUGAGUUGGAAGGCGAUGGAGGUAGUGGUGGGAGGUACUAUUUGGGGAUGUUUUUGGGCGGGGCUUAUCAGGAGUCGCUUGGUGGAGUUCACAACCUGUUUGCGGGUCCAAGCGUUGUGCGUGUCUCGCAGAGUGAUGGUCCCCAUAGCUUUGCGGUGACGCGCGCAGUUCCUGGUCCGUCCUGCGCGGACGUGCUCCGGCUGAUGCAGUACGAACCCGAGCUCAUGUUCGAGACACUCAAGCACCGCACGGAGGAGUUUGUGCACGAAGAUGAUGAUGAUGAUGAUGAUAUGGGCCAUGCUUCUCUGGCCAGCAGUCUCGCCCGCUCAUUCAAUAACAUGCCUUAUCUUAUGGCAACGUCCUCUUGCUGCUUGACUGCUGCUAAUGGUAAUAAUGGUUAUUACUAUUGCAAUGAUGAGAAUUAUGGUGCUGCUGCUGAUUCUGCCGCUGGAGAGGACGAACAGUGGUCUUAUUGUAUUGCUUGA